AUGUCGGCCAAAUCAGUAAAAGGCGAGCAUGGAAAGAAGCCAGCUUCGGCGGCCACGAACUUAAUAGCAGGUGGUGGUGCUGGAAUGAUGGAAGCCCUAGUAUGUCACCCGCUCGACACGAUUAAGGUGCGAAUGCAGCUCUCGCGGCGAGGCAGGACACCCGGAUCGAAAAAAAGAGGAUUUGUUGCGACGGGUCGGGACAUUGUGAAAAAAGAGACUGCCUUUGGUCUUUACAAAGGGUUGGGAGCUGUGAUGACAGGUAUUGUGCCAAAGAUGGCCAUCCGGUUCACCAGUUACGAGUGGUAUAAGCAAGCGCUCGCUGGUGAGGACGGGUCGAUUAGUAGUCGAGCUACCUUUCUCGCUGGUCUAGGCGCUGGUGUGACAGAAGCAGUCGCAGUCGUGACGCCGAUGGAGGUCGUCAAAAUUCGUAUGCAGGCCCAAUACCAUUCUCUCUCAGAUCCUCUCGACGUACCGAAGUACCGAUCAGCACCUCAUGCUCUCCUGACCGUGGUAAAAGACGAAGGUAUAGGCGCGUUGUACCGUGGUGUAUCGCUCACUGCUCUGCGGCAAGGAACGAACCAGGCUGCAAACUUCACAGCAUAUACUGAAUUGAAAGAGCUGCUGCAGAGGUUACAGCCAGAAUAUCAGAACAAAAACUUGCCCAGCUACCAGACAACGGUAAUCGGUCUGAUCAGUGGUGCAGUCGGCCCAUUCACCAAUGCGCCCAUCGACACAAUCAAGACGCGGUUGCAAAAGACACCUGCCGAGCCAGGACAGACCGCUGUCCAGAGAAUAGCGCUGAUAUCGAAGGAUAUGUUUAGGCAAGAAGGACCGAAAGCAUUUUACAAGGGUAUUACACCUCGAGUAAUGCGUGUUGCUCCAGGCCAAGCUGUGACCUUCACAGUGUAUGAAUAUCUCAAGAAGAAGUUGGAGGACAGCAACAUAGCGUUUAUAGGUGGGAAAUUUGAGGAGUGA